GAUAAUGCAAUACACAUUGCACUAUAUUAAAGAUCUUGUAACGUGAUUUUGGAGUCAACUUAAUCAUUCACAACUUGAAUUACUUCCAUCUUUGAAGUUUGAAUUGCUUCGUUGCUAAUUUUAAUAAGAUAUCUCAAAAACAAAAAGGAAACUAUUUAAUUAUUAUAACGUUGAAAUUAUAUAAAUAGUUGGAUCCGUAACGGAACGCAGUCCUUUUGAAAAUGUCGUCCUUGGUGAAUGUUUUGCUGCGAAAAAGUGCAAAUUUAGGCAAUUCAAAAGCCUUAUUGGCGAAUUUACCGGCUUUAUAUAAUGUGAACUCCCAGCGUGAAGCUCACAGAUGGAUGCCCGACGAAACUUUCGUCAAACAAUUCGAAGGAGCUGUCAUGUAUCCUGAAGGAGUUACAGCUCUUAUGAAACACCCGCCUUAUAACAGUAUUAUAACACCAGCCGAAAAGAAUGUCCGCAAUAUGAUACUUAACUUUGGACCACAGCAUCCCGCUGCUCACGGAGUGCUCCGUCUCGUGAUGGAGCUUGAGGGUGAGAUGGUACGCGGUGCUGACCCGCACAUUGGUCUGCUCCACCGCGGCACAGAAAAGCUGAUCGAAUACAAGACCUACACCCAGGCGUUGCCCUACUUCGACCGGCUCGACUACGUGUCCAUGAUGUGCAACGAACAGUGCUACAGCUUAGCGGUUGAGAAGCUUCUGAACAUUGAUAUACCCCUGAGAGCGAAGUAUAUUAGAACGCUGUUCGCCGAAAUCACCCGCCUGCUGAACCACAUCAUGGCGGUCGGCACCCACGCGCUGGACGUGGGCGCGCUGACGCCGUUCUUCUGGCUGUUCGAGGAGCGGGAGAAAAUGAUGGAGUUCUACGAGAGGGUCAGCGGCGCCAGGAUGCACGCGGCGUACAUACGACCGGGAGGGGUUUAUCUCGACAUGCCGCUGGGUCUGAUGGACGACAUCUACGAGUUCGCGAGCAAGUUCGGCGAGCGGCUCGACGAGGUGGAGGACGUGCUGACCACCAACCGCAUCUGGGUGCAGCGCACCAAGGACGUGGGCGUGGUCACCGCGCAGGACGCGCUCAACUACGGGUUCAGCGGCGUGAUGCUCCGCGGGUCGGGCAUCAAGUGGGACCUGCGCAAGAGUCAGCCCUACGACGCCUACCACUUGGUCGACUUCGACGUGCCCAUCGGCACUCACGGCGACUGCUACGAUCGAUACUUGAUCCGCGUGGAGGAGAUGCGCCAGAGUCUGCGUAUCAUCGAGCAGUGCCUCAACCAGAUGCCGCCCGGGGAGGUGAAGACGGACGACGCCAAGCUGACGCCGCCCUCGCGGGAGGAGAUGAAGACUUCGAUGGAGGCACUGAUCCACCACUUCAAGCUGUUCACUCAGGGCUACGCAGUCCCCCCCGGAGCGACAUACACCGCCGUGGAGGCGCCCAAAGGAGAGUUCGCAGUGUACCUCGUCUCCGACGGAAGCUCCAAGCCAUACCGUUGCAAGAUAAAGGCGCCGGGCUUCGCGCAUCUCGCGGCGCUCGAAAAGAUCGGAAAGAACUCGAUGCUGGCGGACAUUGUCGCCAUUAUCGGGACGCUGGACAUCGUGUUCGGGGAAAUUGAUCGAUAAACAGACGAAUAUAUAUAUAUUUACCAUACGUAUAUUGGUUUUAAAUACCGUUCAUGAUAAAACUAACGUAAUUAUUAUUAUCAAAAUUGUGAUCCUGUCAGAUUAAAACUAUAAGUGCAGUUCUUUGGUAGUUUAUAAAACUGUAUCGAAGUUGGAAAAUAUGGAAUAUGUCGCCUCGAUG